UGCAACCCAUUCAUCGAUAAGCCAAUCGAUAGACACGUCGAUUGAUUUUCAAAAGCAUUAGUUUUUGUUGUUGCUUCAGUUGCGACUCGCUCGUGUUUCGUUCUUUGCGUAACUUGAAGUUUCGUUUAUUUGUAUUAUAUUUUACAAAAUUAUCAAUUCGCGAGAUGGUAUUAAUUAAGGAAUAUCGUGUCUGCAUGCCGCUCACUGUGGAGGAGUAUAAAAUUGGACAGCUGUAUAUGAUUGCGCGCCACAGUCUUGAGCAGUCCGACGAGGGCGAGGGAGUUGAGGUAAUGGAGAACAAACCCUGUGAGGAUCCCGUUCACGGCAAGGGACAGUAUACAGAAAAACGCAUACACCUGUCCAGUCGCCUUCCCUAUUGGAUACAAGCGAUUUGUCCUCGCGUUUUCUAUGUGAUUGAAAAAUCAUGGAAUUAUUAUCCCUAUACUCUGACAGAAUAUACGUGCUCUUUCAUACCCAAAUUAAAUGUGCUAAUCAAGACAAAAUAUGAGAACAACAGUGGCACUACUGAAAACUGUCUGGAUCUCAGUGAGGAGGAUAUAAAGGUGCGUACAGUUGAUCACGUGGACAUUGCAUUUGAUGAACUCAAUGGCAAGCACUACAAACGAGAAGAGGAUCCCAAGUUCUUCAAGUCCUUAAAGACAAAUCGCGGUCCACUUAUUGAAGGCUGGCGUGAAACUGACACGCCAAUCAUGUGUUCCUAUAAGGUAGUUAAUGCCAGCUUUGAGGUCUGGGGUCUGCAGACCAAAGUGGAAGACUUCAUACAGCGUGGAAUACGCGAUAUUCUGCUGCUGGGCCAUCGUCAGGCCUUUGCUUGGAUCGACGAGUGGCACGGCAUGACGCUGGAGGAUGUACGCACCUAUGAGAAGCAAAAGCAGGCAGAGACCAACGAGAAAGUCCAGGCAACUGCCGACAAUGGCAGCACAACGCCAACAAAAGAUGGUGACGCUUAGACCGAUUUUCAACGUUGGAUUAAUAAACUCUUGUGAAUGUUAUACCAAAAUGAAUCUGCCCAAGAGGCUAGGCAGACAGUUUGUACCUUCAGCUCUGUAAUGUUGUUAAUGUUAUAGUGCACAAAAGCGUCGAGCUUACAAAUUAAGUCAAAGCCAUAUGAACGCAUUUUAAAUGGUCCAACUAAGCUCAAGAAUUUGAAACUGCCUCGCAGCAACAGACACAAAUCUACCUAAACAUAUGCAUAUACAAUAUAUUUAAAUAUGUAUGUAUACAUAACUAUAUAUAUAUAUAUUAGUACUCGAAACCAAAACACAAAUUACUAAUUAGACAAUUAAGCACUAUGCUAAAUUAUAGUCAAAACCUAAAA